GCAACAUUAGUGUUCACCGGGUCAUGAGAGGGAGAGGAUGUUCUGCUGAGGAGGCAACUGUGCCUCUUGUUCCUCACGCAUAUUCAUUUGGAAGUUGCAGGUACGGAGGGGGAGGUAUCGAGAGGAGAACCUGAAGCAGGAAGUCAUACUGUUUAACCUAGAGCCCAUAAUGUUUGCAAUAGUUGUGCGAGACUAAAGAAACAAGCCAACUACACAUUCUGACCAUUUUGAAGAAGAUUAAUUAGUAGAGAAGCCAUUGUAACAGCACCUCAGUCAUGGGAGUACGUGGAUUACAGUCAUUCCUGGAGUCCCAUUGUGGACAGGCAUGCUACUCUGUUAACAUAGGCAAGGUUGCAGAUGAAUACCUUAGGCGGACGGGGAAAACUCCACUAAUUGUGGUGGAUGGCAUGUCGUGCAUGAGGAAGUUGUAUGGCAAACUAAAUUGGGUUUGUGGAGGUCAAUGGAAAGGUUAUAUUGACCACAUUAAGGAUUUUUAUAAGAGUCUGACAGCCCACAACAUUACACUGGUCGUCUUUUUUGAUGGCAACACACCAGAGCGCAAACGAGAGACGUGGACUCAUCGCCGACUGGAAAAUUUGAAGGAUGUGAUAACAUAUUUUAGCAUCGUUAAAUCGAACAAGGAGUUGGAACAUGGCAAGCAUUUCUUCAUACCUACAGGACUGGCAGCUUUUACACCUCUGAUAUUUAAGGACUUGCUAGGAUGCAAGGUGUACACUUGCCUUGAUGAAUGUGACAAAGCAGUAGCAGAGUAUGCUAAGAAGUAUGGUGCUAUGGGCAUCUUGGGUCAGGAUUCUGAUUACAUAAUUUACCACACAGCUCAUUACUAUUUUUCUAUAAAUCACCUAAACCUUGAAACAUUGGACACUAUUAUGUACGACCGCAAUGCUCUGGCCCGCAUCCUCCACAUCACUGUUGAUCAACUGCCUCUGCUCUCCUGCCUUAUUGGGAAUGAUGUGAUACGUCAAGAGGAUUUACUACUGUUCCACCAGCAGUCACUAAAGAUGGCCAGUCAUCACCACCACCGUCAUCAUAACCGACCCCCACCAGAAAUUCUCAUUCCCAAGGUUGCCGCCUUUAUCAACACACAGCCCCCCAUGGAUGUUCUUCAGCAGCAGCUUCCCCUCCUUGCCAGGGUAGUGUUCCGAGAUGAAGGUCGGGCACAUCUCCUGGCAGAGGGCAUAAAGAUGUAUCAGUUGGAUAUUGAUGGGCCUGACGAGUUCACUGAGAGAAGCGAAGACACAUCGGGAUUGGAUAUCAUGGAAAGAGUUCGUUUACGCCACAUAGAUUCUGAACUGGGCCGUCAUUUAUAUACAAUAUUGAGGGGGGAGGCAUAUGAAUCAUCAACCACCCUGGAAGACUAUUCUUCUAACCUGCCAUCUGGUGCCAUAGCCUUCCAGCCACUACGGGCCAAGAUCUACAGAAUAUUGCAGAAAUCAGUUAAAGAUGGACUGAGCCAGGUGCCAGAGUGGUGCAUGUACUCUGGCAGCACAUUGAAGGAGCCAGACAUGGUAGAUCCUGUGGAACUGGAAGGAGGGAGUCCAUCAUUGGAGGAGCUGUGGGAUGGCGAUGAAGAACUUAAGUGGAGAACCUUCCUCGACUGUGUCCAUCCAGUGCUCUGUGAAACGAAGAUCCGCACUUUUCCUCAACACCUCAUUGUGCCAGUUGCCAUUCUCUUCUAUUUGCAGUGCCAUCAUGCCAAACCAAUUUUGAAGGAUUGGGAGAUGAAUGCUAUGAUGGCUGCCUUUUUGUCACCAACACGAGAAGACCUUAACCAGAUUCGUGCCCUUGCACUUCCACGAGUUGACGCACGAGCUGUACAUGUUGCUGCCAUCUUCAUGAAGGGACUGGCUAAUUUCUAUUUUCUCCUGGCAACCUGUGACUUUCCAAUUCAUCGUAAGAAUGCAGUUCCUUGGGCAUUUUGGGAUGGAAAGGUUUUUCAUCAUUACUAUCUACGAGCCAAAUUAGGAGCCAAAAUAGAUGACCUCUGUGAACACAAGGAUGAUAUUUUGAAAAGAUUUGUGGAGAUGAAGAGUUUGAUACUACCUCACAUGCCUCCACCACUUCCUUUAUCUAAGACCCCAAAUUCUCCCGAACACUUGAAUCGUACCCCACACGGCAGCCCCAAGAAAAGAUCUCAUGGGGUGAAUAGUACUCCCUCCACAUCCCCACCAGGCACUCCCAACCUGGAGCACCCUACCACUCUUGCCAUCACUAAGAACACACUUGGGAAGAUUCCAUCCCGUGGAACAUCUCCCCUAGUCUCUCCAAGUUCCCCACGUGGUGGCAGCAAACCCUAUGGAAAAGCGUACAAGUCCCCACAGCCACCUAAGUCACCGGUGGCUAAGUCAUCUGCAGCGAAGUCUCCAAUGUCGAAGUCUCCAGCCAGAUCUCCUAAAAAAGCUACCUCGUGAUUACUCAGCAGUUGCUACAGUGGACGAGGUGAUCAUAUAGGUUUCUCAUACAUAACUAGGUUAUCACAGAUUAGAAAUGACAUACCUAAUUAUGUUAUUGCAAGUAAGUUUUUCAUACUUGACCAGAUGAUCAGUGAAGAACUUUGCUAUGCUUGACCAAUUUGCCAUACCAUAAAUGGUCCUUCAGUUAUCAUGCAUAAUCUGCUUGACCAGGAAUCAAAGUUCUGGUUGUCAUGUCUAGUUACUGUAGUUACAGAACAAGAUUGUUGUAACAAGACAACCUUGCAGAAAAACAAUUUAUGAAUAAUGGGAUUGUUAAACCCAACUUAAUCACAUGUUUGCCAGGCUCAUAGCUAGGCAAUUAUAUUAACAUUAUAAACCAAUUAAUUACGGAGAAGGAAUGACAUACUCAGCUUGGAGAUUAUGUAAUAUGUUUACCAUACUCAGGUGAUCAAUCUAUAGGAUUACCAUACCUGGUCAUCUAAUUAGUAAUACUGCCAUAUUUGACAAGGAGAUUGUAGAGCAUGGUUUUAUAUCCAAUCAGUUGAUCAGAUGAAGGCUACCAUAAUUGUCGAGGUCAUAAUGAAGCUUUCCUACUCGCCAGUUGAUUAUAGAGUGCGCUUGGCGAUUCAUUUUCUGUUGUUCACGUUACAAAUAAACAUUUUUAUUCUGGCUCCAUUAUGUCUGUUGCAUGCUGCACAGUAAAUAAUUCAGUGUAAGGCUUUUUAAAAAGGCUUUUCAGCUGGAGGUGGUGUAGCAAUUGAUGUUGGUAUCACUGAUAGAAGACAGGCGCCAACAUAAUAUUCACAGUGCAAACUGUAGCACGUUUGUAUUGUAUCAUGUUUGUUGAUACUUGCCGUUUGCCCCAUUAAUAUAUUUUUAAUUAUAAAUAUUUUAUAUUUAAUUGCCUAAUGCACAAUUGUCUUACAUGUAGUCAUUGCUUAAUCUCUUCAAGGUCUUGUCCAGGUAACCAUGCCAGACUUCACGUCCACUCCAAUAGCAAAAUACUAGGCCUAAAACUCCUUAUUGAUUUUGCUAGCAGUCUGUACAUUUUUCCUAGAAUUAUUUUAAAGAGCAUUGGAUGUAAGACAUCUAAUAUUGAUAUACCCCAAGAGAUGUAUUGAUCACAUUAGCAGAUAUUGAUGGUUUUAUUUCUUUGUAUUCAUUAAUAUGCAGUCGUAACUGGGGUUUUCAAUAAUUGUUUUUAUUUUUAUAAAAUUUAUUUUUACAUUUAAGGUUCUAGAAAAAUAAUACUGUGAGCAUAUCUUUUUUCAAGAUAAUGAUAAAAUCUAAUGUCUUAACAAGUACGAUAAUAAUUUAUUUAAAAAAAAAUAUUUUUUACCAUGUCUUUCAUUAAAAUCUGUACAAAAUUUUGUGAUGUCAUAUAUGUGUAUUCAUAUUUAUUCAGUCACAAAAAACUGUUGAACUACUUUUUAACUGGUUGCCCUAGCCCAUCCCGCUCCCAAAAAUAAUACAGUAUUUACAAAUUUGUCCUAUAUUAAUGAAGUUGCAUGUAUGGAGACAAUAUAUAACCUAAGCUGUACCUGCAGGCAUAAGAACAAACUGUCCACGAGAGCAAAAUUUUGCCCUGUAUAGAGGUAAAAAUUCGUCCACAAUAAUGUGUUCCAGUGUAUUUAUGGCCUACAUGUAUUAAAUCAGUCUCUCCAGACCCCAUCAAAAUCCUCUUCUACAAAUACAACAGUGCUUACUUGUAAAAAGAAAAAUAUUAAGCAGAUAUUACCAAAUCUACUCUAGCACAGAUAGUGGUGUAACACAAGGCAUCCAAACCUCCUGUGCCAGGUUUCUGUCUCCACUGUCACUGCAGAAAUUACAGCCAUCCUCCAAGAUGAACAGUUACUGAAAAGGUACACAAUGUCAUCACCUGGUAUUUACAGAUCCAAAAAGCUCAAUCCAGACUAUACGACAGUAUUCUUCUACUCGCCCCUUUUUCAGAAGCUGUACAAAUGGUUUUAUUGGUUGUUAUCCAAAAACAAAAUGUUCCAAUUUUGCUAUGUCCAUGCAUACGUAGGAAUGCCGGUCAGUAAGGAGACAUGUGGAAGCUACAGAAGCUACCCACCUGGCACCCACCACCUCUAGGCUUUUUUCGAUGCAGAGACUCGUAAUAGGUCUCGUGAAAAGCAAACGGCAGCAUCAUUAGAGUCAGUUUGCUACCAAGAGGCUUGGAUAGGUAAAAUCUAAUGUUAACUCGUGUGCUAUCAUAUCAACAAAACUUAAAACAUGAAGCAAGUGAUUGAAUCCAGACUACAGAUUAAACACACUACCCUAACCCAAGGUCAUCCAAUCAUAAGCAUUCCUGCUUUGUUCUUUAACAUGUAGUAUGGCUCUUACUUUUGAGCAUAUGCUAACAGCCUGCCAGAAAAGUGUUUUGGAGCAAGAGUAACAGACUACUACAGAUAAAAUUUUCAGACUUACUGUAUGACAAUAUUGACAUCGAACCUAUAAUUCAUAUCUGUGACUGCAUUUUUAGAUCUAUUAAAAAUCCACCUCUACACUCCAUGUUGAGUGAUCACCCAGUACUAGACUUAAAAGCUUGAAUUUCACCAUACCUACCUACCAAUGUACCUUAAGGUAAUUUAUCAACAAUUACUAGGUACUGUUAGUUAAAAUAAAAAUUACUAGCUAUAUCAUCGAAAAAGAACACAAUUUAGCUUUCAGUAAAAAAACAUUUAGGAACACUUAAUUCAGCCAGGGGGGUGAAAUGUUGCACUAGAAGAUGCUUAAUUCACUCUUUAGUCAUAAUUUUGCUAAGGUGCAGACUGGAUUUUGUCAAAAAAGUUUCAAAUUAUUUCUGGGGUUUUUAUUUCAUAAAGAUAAAAUGGUAAUGGUCCAGGAUGGACUGAAGCAAAGUUUAACUUUCAUGUGUGGUGUUUUUCUGUGCAUUUUUUCAGCCACAGUUCAUUUGUCACUUUUACACAUUUGUUUAUAAUUACUGUACUUAAUCUUAUAUGGGGAGAAUAUCUCUAGUACUGUACUAUUUUUACUUUAUUCAAAGUUUGGAGUAUGUUUUCUAUGGAUUAGUAUGAAUCUGUUAAAUUUGAUACAUUUGCCAAAGAAAGGAUUUAACUGUCUUUUGUUUUUAGUUGCAUAUCUCAGAUAAAGUGCCAUGGAUGCAUAACGCAUGAAAGUACACUGUUGUACAGUAUUGAGUAUAAAUGUUGCAGUGAGUACAAUAUGUAACGUGUUUAUAUAUAUAUAAUUAUAAUCUACACAUGAGCAUUGUUAAACAUCAUACUGUACUUCUAGGCCUUUGCUGUAGUCUUUUACAGAUGUGUGUUUACAAGAAAUUUUUAGCUUGUAAAUACAGUAGUUGAAAUACAUGUAUUCAUAAAUCAGCUUGGAAGCUCGUGCUAAAUACAUAUUUUAAUAGCUUGCAAAGUGCUCAAACUUGAAGCUAAAUUAGUCUACAGUGUAUUUCAGCUGCAGUGCAUUAUAACAAACCUGGUAUUUGAGCACUGACUAUGAUCAGGAACUUGUUACAGUUUUAUGAUACAUACAUACAUAUAAUGUAUAUUUUUUUUGUGGCCUAGAUCCAAAUUGAAAAGAUUGAAACAAGUUCUGCAGAGCUAUUUUUGUAAGAUACUGUUGAGAGAGUACAGCAGUAGUAAUAGCAAAUAUCCUAAUUAUUGACCUAUAGACUCGAACUAAUUGCAAUUGAAAUUUUGUAUUAACGUUUUGAAUGUUUGGUAGCUUUGCCACAGUAUAUCUGUUAUUUGCUGUUUUAUGAUUUGCUGUCUAUUGAAGCUAUUUACGAAACUAGUUGCAACAGUGGAAAUUUGGUCUGAUUUUUGGGAUAAUGUUUUAAUUUUAUUCGACUGCUGCUGAAUAGUUAUACCUGUAGUUAAUUAUGCAAAUCUAAUAAAUUGCUAGAUGUUUAAAUACACUUGAGUAAUCUGUUACGAUUAUCAACAUUUAUUCUUCACUUUUCAUAUGAUAAUGUUAGAGAUAUUGGCAAGCAUUAAUGUUAAUUAUUUUAGGAGUAUCAUUAUCAAGUAACAUGAGGUUGAUGCUCCAAAUUGUUUUUGUGCCAUAUGACAGAUACUUAGAAAGUUGCAGUUGGAACAAAUGAUGGCAUUAUUGAUGUACCACCAUGUCUUGGAUCAAUUUCCAAACUGCCUCACUAUUAAGUUCACCAUUUUUUUGAAAAUAGCCAUUCAUGUCCACAGUAGACAGCUAUAUUCUUGCAUGUUUGACAUACAAGAAUUUCUUGUUGGAUUAAAGAUAGCAUUUUUUCCUUCAUGUCAGAUAGCUCAUGGCAUUCAGGCAUUGUAUUUUGAAACUAACACUGGUGGCAGUGUUACAUCAAAAUAGUUCUCAGUAUUGAUUGAUAGCACUCUUAUGAUUAAAUCAUGUUUUGCAUGUGAUAGAAGAGUCAGUGUAAAAGAGGACAUAUUUAAUGCCAUCUUUAUAUUCAUCAUCCACUAUAAAAUGUGAACUGCAUAUGUCAAAAUUCAUAAGUAACAGAAAUAAUGAUGUUUUCUAUUAUUGGUGUUUGUACUGUUCCACAGUGCUAUAGAUUGAGUCUAAACCUAUGGCCUCCAUAAAUGUGAUAGAACUAGGCUGUUUUGUUUUUGUAGAAAAAUCAAAAUCAUUAAGCUAAAAGGGCAGUUAUCUUGGUUUUUGCAACCAUAUCAUAUACUCAGUACUUAGAUACUGGUAAUUUCCCUUGAAUUGCAAACUGCAAUUUUAAUAAUUGAAAGCUUGGUCACCAAAAUAUAAAUAUAAUAAAUAAUUUAAGAGAAAUUGUACCAUGGUUCAUUUUAAGGUUUGGUUAGUACUGUGCAGUGUAUUUACUAACUUGUUGCCUUUUCAAGUUAGCAUUGUACAAUGUACUGUGUUUACUAAUUUGAUACCAUUCUAGUUAUGAUAGCACAAUGAGUCUACUAACUUAAUGCCUCUCUGAUUUUCAGUGUUUUAAUCAUUACAAAUUCAUUUUGUAUAUAUCACUUGGCAGAAUAUGCAUCAAGGAUACUGUACAGGCAUAAUAUGUGCAUAAUGGAAAUCAAAUGUCUUAUAAUUAAUGUAAUUUGUAAACCAGAAUUUUAUGCAAUGAAUAUAACACAUGAUCCAUUUGAGGUUGAAAUUGUGCAUUGCCAAAUGCACUUUCAGUACAUUGCAGCAUUAGCUUUAUUUGGCUGCAAAAGCUUCCUUAGUGAAGAGUACGACUGCAGUUAUAUCGCUUCCACCUAGACUUGUAUUGGUAUUAAACCAGCCCGUUCUCACAAGCGUUCCCAACGUCAAGAAACUGUCAAGCAACUGUCAAGCUAAAGUGCCCUAAUCUAACCAACUAGAGGACUUGUGAACAGAAAAUGGGACAUUGUCAAUUUCAUGAGCAGCCACUAUUUUCUUAAAUUUUUGGCCUCAGGUAAGGUAUACGUCAAAAUACGGCAUGCUAUAAUGAGAACAGGUUGAUUAAACAAUACUUUCCAUGUUUCAUGUGGCUGAGUUUCAAAGGAAAUAUCCUGACCCUUGACCAUGUUUUGUAGGUCAUGAAAUAAUUGUGAAUACUAUAAUUGGUUAUUUUGGUCAGCCACUUGCUGCAUAAUAUCUACAUUUUAUUGUAAUUUAUUUAAUGAAUGUUCAUCAGUAAUGUACCAUCUGUUGGGUAAUUAGUUAGAAAGUAGGUGAGUAAUUGAUUCAUAUAUAAUUUUUAGGUGUGCUAGAGUUUAAGUGGGUCAAUUCUAAAUGUAUUGAUGCAUUAAUGUAGACCAGCUUGGUAACACUGGAGAUACAGAGGAGUCAUUGUCUGUGACAAAUAUCUUGUGAAUCUCUCUUGAAAAUAUUUAGUGUAUAUUGUGCAUCUGUUACAAUUAUGUGAUAAUCUCAAUGUUGGUCCGUCAUCAUCACCACCACUCGCACCUUUUCUAGCACAUUCAUAUUUCUCUGCUCAUCCAAAAUGGCCUAUUAGUAUUAAUUCCAGUUCAUACUCUUUAGUGGUAUUAAGUCCAGGUUAGCCUGUUGAUCAUUGGUUAAAAACCACUUUGUCCUGUUAACUGGAAAUAGCACCAGAUUGAUCCUUUGAUAAUAGCAUUAAAUCUGGUCACAUUGUGUAUAGCUUUAGGCUGUUCUUUUGACUGUGGCAUUACUACUGGUUUGGUCCAUUGAUCAUAUUCUCAUCUUCAAGGUUUUCUGCUGAUCAUGGCAUGAUAAUUGGUAUGUCCUGGUGACUGGGAUUAAUAGCAGGAAAUCAUGCUGCUCAUGUUAUCAUUGGGUUUUCCUAUUGAUCAUGUCAUUAUUGCCAGAUUCUUCUGUUGAUCAUGGCUUAUUGGUAAUCAUCCGGUUUCUUGUUCAAGAUAUUAUAACCAGGCUGUUUUUAGAACAUGACAUUAUCAGAUUGUCUUAUUAAAUGAAAUAUUAUCUGUAUUUUGUUUAUCAUUAAUGCAAAGUGAAUUAACUGUCUUAUUAAAUAGGAAAAUUAAUAUGUAAAAACAUAUUUAGUAAACUUUGGAUGUAAAAGUUGCAACAUACUAAUUUUUUUUUUUUUUUUUUUUUUUUUUUUUUUUUUUUUUUUUUUUUUUUGUUCAUUUGAGAAUGUAAAUACAUAUGGGGGGACACUACCUGACAUCAAGACAUCAGAUUUUUCCUCAGGUAAAAUGCUCAGUAUGGUUACUCAGCUGGUAGGGAAAUUAGUAUAAAUAGUUUAUUGGCAGCUUUGUCAUACAGUAUCGAUAGCAGUAUUAGUAAAGCAGGAUUUAUUAUUCAUAUAUUGUCCACAAUCUAAAAGGGGUUCAUUGUUAUGACAAUGGUUGCUUAAAAUUUAUUCCUUAUCUCUUUUUAUUUUAAAAUUUAUAGAGGUAUUUCAAAAUUAAAGCAGCAUUUUGAGAAAGCCUUUUAGGCUGUACUUCAAGUAUAGUAAGCUGUUAUAGGGCAUGCAGUGUCAAGUGGCAAAUUAGCUUAAUUGAAAAACAAUGUUGUCACAGGAGAAAUGUCCUAUAUUUGUCACCCUUAAGACAAAGGUUCCUACCUACUGCUUGGCAAGGCUGAGAGGAUAUAUUUAAAUAGUGUGUUAAGUCAACAACUUGUUAAAAGUUCCUGUACAAAGCUACUCUUUCUUGAAUGAGACAAUGCCAAUUUUUGAGGUCAUUUAAAAAUUGGAUCUUUGCUGAUGUAGGUAUCAAGUUUGUAGCUGUUUAUGCAUUUCACAGCCAUAUAGCUUAAAUUUUUUCACCUAUUUGGAAGGUAACUUUGCACAUAUUCUGUAACAGUAGAUCCUGUAAUGUUGACUAAUUCUGUGUGUGUGUGUGUGCAGACACACACUGUUCAUUCUUUGGUAAUAUCUUUCUCUAAAUGAUGGAUCACUGAAGAUUGGGUUCCAUAUUUCUAUAUUGUAAGUAAUUAGUCUCAGCUGAAGUGUCAUUGAGGUUAGCAUGCUGUGUUCAGGCAUCAUGUACCCUAAAAGUGGUGCAGAACCUUUGUCUUCAUAGAAACAUGCAUUACCUAUGGCCAUUCCAUUUGCAUAACAAAAUAUAAAUUAAGCAUUGGAAUUUAGAUGACUAUACAGUACAGUAUCACAUUAGUUAAUUUGGCACCAAUUUACAUAAGUGGAAAGUUGUUGCCUUGUUGGGGCCCCUGGCUGAAAUGUCUGGCUCAGUAUUGUUAAUAUCCCCCACUUAGAAUUCUGACUAGAAACCAUGAUAGGUGUGUUAGUCCAAAGUAAUUAGUGUUCAUGUCAAUCGGCUUGCUUACUAUUCACACAGGCCUAUGCUUAAAUUGGAACUAGUUAAGGUUGCAUGAAACCCAAAAUUUGUGGGGAAAUAAGAUAAUAGUUUAUUGGCUCCCAUUCAGAGCAAAAUUGCAGAACAAGCCAAUGUCCUGCAAUUUUGUAUAUCUGAAGUCCUUAGGACUUUAGAUAUGAUACAUCAUCAUUGGCUUCACACAAGUCUGCAAGCACUUGGUUUUACGCGAGGGCCAGCAUCUACCUGAUCUAAGAUGUAUGGUUCUUGAUCAUAGUUUCAAAGUACAGUAUAUGUAAAUGAUGUAACAUUUUGUACUGAAAAAGCAUUAAACAAUAAGUUUUUUUUGUUCUAAUCAGGGGAAAGCUUAUCUUUAAAUUUGAUUAUGUUCCUGGGUAACAUAUUUGGCUUGAACCAUAGGUGAUGCAUCAGCCUUCGUAACAAAACUGUAAACUUCACAGAACUUUACACUUGAGAAGUGGUGGACCAUAUUUUUAAUUGUUGUCUGAUUCAUCUGUAAACAUCUCUUCAAUAGAAUAAUUUUCCGCUCCUGGUUCAUCAAAUAAAUAAUUACAUUGAUCUAGGGAUGAGAGUAAAGUUUGUCUUGUUCUAUUCCCAAAAACUGUCCAUUAAAAGACAUUUUUAAUUUUUUUGUAUGCACAAGCUGUAUUACAUCAAAUUAUUCUUUAAAUACAUAUUGCACAAAGA